AUCGGUUGGUUAGUGUUUAUCGCUUAGAUAAUGUAAAAGCUAAUAAAGGUAUUCAUGUUGCAAGCUACGGAGGUCGCCUUUUACGGUGGGUGAUGAAGGAUGACGAUUUCAACAAUGGAUGUUUUAUGUGUCCUAAUAUGCCUGUUGCCCAGGAGACAACCAAUCCCAACUUCUUCCUAGGAUUUGCUGCUUCACUGGUUCCGCUGUUGCACCAUAAUGCCGGUCCGAGAGGAGUGUUCAUGGCUAAUAUGAUGAAACAGACUCUCGAUCCUCCGCCAAAAACACCUGAAGAAAUCCAAGACACAGGAGCAACUAAGAGAUGGAACAGACAUGACACUAACUUUAUAUCAACACUCACUACCCGCGCCUUAGGUAGGGACAAUUAUGGUAUGAAUAUGUUAGUUAAGUGGGCCUGUUACUACGGAUACAACAUUGAAGAUGGAAUUGUGGUAAAUACUCGCUUAUUACAGAAAGAAGACGGAAUUAUUCAGAAUAAAUUUGUGCUUGAUAUCGAUAAGAAUGAUAUUUUGGCUGCUUCCAAUAUUAAAUGGCGAUCUGAUAUCUACAAUUAUGACUCCGAUGGAAUUAUUCGUGAAGGAACAGUUGUUGUUGAUGGAACUCUACUAGCAUGUAAGAUCCAUAUCACCUCUGAAGGCUUGGUUAUAAGAAAGCCUCUUACAGCGGUAUUAGAUAGACCGUCGAUAGUCCAAAAUGUUAUCAAGACUGAACAACGGAUUAUAAUAAUAACUAGUUAUAAAUAUAAACUAUCCAUCGGGGAUAAAUUAGUUUCAACAGCGGCACAAAAGGGUGUGAUAACUCACGCUGUCCCCCUAACCGAGAAAGCAGAUCUAAUCAUAAAUCCUUGUUGUAUUCCAAGCAGAAUGACUAUGGGUCAAAUAUGGGAAGGAGUGAUAAGUAACUAUAUGCAUGAAGAGAAGGUGUCAAAGUCAUGGUUCUUUCCACCAUUUAACGACGCAGUCAUGACCUUCACUAACAUGAUCAAAGAGACAAAAAACUUGUCUUCAGUUCCAUGCCUCAAUGACCUCAUUCCAAAGAGUGGAUUUUGGUAUACUUACAAUAGAUAUUUUGUUUUAUCUCAGAGAAUCGACGAAAAGUAUCGGGUAAGAGGCGGAAGUACCGAAAAUAACAUAAAUCCCUUCACAAACCAACCACAAAAAGGAAGGAAGAUCAAAGGUGGCUUAAGACUUGGAAUCAUGGAACGCGAUGUUCUCCUAUCAUACAAUGCUAAGAAUACUAUGAAGCAGUUAAUGUCGCGACAGAGUGACGAAAUGGAAUGUUAUCUGUGUCCCAAAUGUGAGUGCUAUAGUCAUCUUGAAAUAUGUUCUCUGUGUAACAUUCAAUGCACAAAGGUUACUAUCGAUAAAAGCGUUAUAAAUCUAACCAAUGCGUUGAAGAAUAUACCAUAUAAUAUUAACCCUUCAUCAUAAUAAUAAAUCA